AAUGCCAUCCCACACAAAUAUGGAAAGGAAAUAAAGAAUUAUAAAAAGGGCUCCCCUCUUCUGAUCCAAAAAACCCUCUCCAUCGGUAAUAAGAACGGAGAGAUGGUGGAGAGGGGAAAGAGGAGGACUUGGACUUGAGAUUGGGGAAAGAGGAGGGCUUGGACUUGAGGCGAGCGCCGAGCGAUGAACGUGAAGCAGGACGUGGAGCAGCAGCAGCACAGCGACCACAACUCCGACCAGUACGCCCAGCCCCCGCCCCAGCGCCGCCCACGGGGGUUCGCGGCGGCGGCGGCGGCGGCGGCGGCCGCGGCCGCGGGGGGUUCGGGGAAGGGGCGGAAGGAGCGGGAGAAGGAGAAGGAGCGGACGAAGCUCCGGGAGCGGCACCGGCGGGCGAUCACCAGCCGCAUGCUCGCCGGCCUCCGCCAGUAUGGCAACUUCCUCCUCCCCGCCCGCGCCGACAUGAACGACGUCCUCGCCGCCCUCGCCCGUGAGGCCGGAUGGAUUGUCGAGCCCGACGGCACCACCUACCGCCCCUCAUCGGUCUCGCCCUCGCCCUCGGUCGCCGUCGCGGCCCCGGCGCCUCAUCCUCCGCCCCCCCCUACGCAACUGGCACCAUUUCCUGUUAGGUCAAUUGAAAGCCCCCUCUCCACCAAUUCUUUGAAGAACAGUUCCAUGAAAGCGUCAUUGGACUCUCAGGCAUCUCUUCUCAGGAUUGAUGAGAGUUUAUCCCCAGCAUCUCUUGAUUCAGUGGUUGUUGCAGAAAGAGAUGCAAGGGGUGAGAAAUGUGCAAAUGCCAGCCCUAUCAACUCACCAGAGUGUGUGGAAGCUGAUCAGUUGAUGCGGGAUUCUGCAGAGGGUGAAGGUGGUUUUGGUGAAACUCCAUAUAUUCCAGUUUAUGCAAUGCUUCCUGUUGUAAUGGCAUUUCAUGAGUGCGGAGGAAAUGGAUCUGGUGAAAUGCCAAUUUCCCUUCCAAAGUGGGUUCUGGAGAUUGGAAAAGAUAAUCAGGAUAUAUUUUUCACAGAUCGUGAAGGGAGGAGGAACACAGAAUGUCUUUCUUGGGGUAUUGACAAGGAACGUGUAUUAAAAGGAAGAACUGGCAUUGAGGUUUGCUUUGACUUCAUGAGAAGCUUCCGUAUGGAAUUCAAUAAGUUAUUCGAAGAGGGUUUCAUUACUGCUGUUGAAAUUGGACUAGGUGCUUCAGGGGAGUUGAAAUACCCAUCACAUCCAGAAAGAAUUGGAUGGAGGUACCCUGGUAUCGGUGAGUUUCAGUGCUAUGACAAGUACAUGCAGCAGAAUCUGCGACGAGCAGCAAAGUCGCGUGGACAUUCAUUCUGGGCCAGGGGGGCUGACAAUGCUGGGCAUUAUAAUUCAAGGCCACAUGAAACUGGAUUUUUCUGUGAUAGAGGUGAUUAUGACGGCUACUAUGGACGCUUUUUCCUUCAUUGGUAUGCACAAACCCUCAUAGACCAUGCAGAUCAAGUAUUAUCGCUUGCAAACCUUGCAUUUGAAGGGACACAAAUAAUUGUAAAGAUUCCAGCUGUUUACUGGUGGUACAAGACUGCCAGCCAUGCUGCAGAGCUUACAGCAGGAUUCUAUAAUCCUACAAACCAAGAUGGUUAUUCUCCUAUCUUUGACAUGCUCAAGAAACAUUCUGCAACUAUGAAAUUUGUCUGCUAUGGGCCACCGCAUUCUGCUCAGGAAAGUGAUGAAGCAUUGGCUGACUUAGAAGGUUUAAGUUGGCAGGUGAUGAAUUCUGCGUGGGAUCGUGGUUUGGCGGUAGCUGCUCAGAGCACUUUUCCAUGUCAUGAUCGAGAGACAUACAUUAGAAUCAUAGAAAAUGCAAAACCGAGAAAUGAUCCAGACCAUCGCCACCUCUCUUUCUUCACAUACCAACAGCUGACUCCUGUAUUCGUGGAAAGAGAAAUGUGCUUCUCAGAACUGGACAGUUUCAUCAAAUGCAUGCAUGGGGAAGUUGUCAGUGACGUCCAAGCUUAAUUUCCAUGCUGCAAUAUUUCAGAUUGUCUGCGGUUAAAGGAGGGUGAUAGACGGAAAGUUAACUGCCAAUGUAAUGACAGUCGACAGCACCUGCAGGUGUGCAAUCCUUGAUAUUGGUUGGCUGCCCUGAAAAGCUUGUAAUUCAAUCAACCCAAUUAUUUCUUGAUGCUCUCCGUUCUACCAGCCAAAUAUUGUCAUGAUUCCUUGAGGAUGCUUAAACAUGGAAUUAUGUUGUACCUUCAAGUUACUCAUCUAUACUACCAAAAGGAAAAUUUCUUUUCCCCGUCCUUGGGAUUUUUCUA